AGACGAUGAAUUUUAGUUCAGGCAAUCAGGUGGAAUGCCCUCUGUGUAAAUGCUCGAAGAGGAAACAAGAGGUGAUCGGACUAGAGAUAUCCUACAAAGUCUCUGCUGAGGAUAUCAGAAGGGAUCUCACAUUUUGAAGGAAAGAUGGAAGUGAAAGACAUGGAGAUAAACAAAAAGUGCGAGAAAUGCAGCAACACGAAGCUCAAGUUUUCGACUAGACAAAUGAGGUCCGGGGAUGAGGGGCAAAUGACUUUCUUCCACUGCCCUGUUUGCUCACAUACUUUUACCGAGAACUGAACGAGCUUGAAACUAUAACUUUUGUAACCAAGACGAAUGAAGGUCUUACAUUCUAUACAAAGAUAAGCUUCUUUUGGGUGUACAGUACUGGCUCUGUCUUGUAAGGAACUGGAAGCCAGAAUCCCAGCUAGCUCUGUAUCCCAUACUAGUUUUUGUUAGAUGAUCCAGUCACCAGUUGGCACAGUAUGCUAUAUAUCAUCUCAUUCUUCUGCCCUUACACUAGAGCUAAAAAGGAAGAAGUAGGGUUCUAGCUGUUAUUGGGGAAAAAGGACAAUACACAAGUUGAUGCAGUGUACAAAGAACUCUUGGUCCU